AUGUGCGAAAAAUACGAGCGUCAACUGUUCGCGCAGGAUUUAUUGGUUAUUCCAGACGACAACAAGUCUAUUUCAAAAACAAUCUCACUUGCAAAGGAUCACGGAGGUGUUGUUUUUGACAACUCCAAGCAGUUUAGCGACCUUGUCACGGUGGUGCUGUUGUCAUCACCACCUGAGAAUAAGAUGCUCGAACAAUUGACCAAGCACUUCCCGAAAGCUGAAAUCGUACGCGCAAACUGGGUCGAAGACAGCGUAAAUGAAAAUCGGCGUCUUGACACUGCAGUUUACCGCUUUUUUUCGAAGCCUACAGUCAUUGUUCAACCUCCGACAAAGAGACACAAGAUUUCAUCAGCUACUCAAGAGACAAUUGUAGCAUGUACUUCAGCGCUUUCAGAAUCCAACUUGCUGCCGUGGAGAACUAUACAGAAUUCAUUGUACGUAUUGGAUGCUCGUUCAAAGCAGCAGCAAGAAGCACCAGCAAGUGCGUACAAAAUUGCGGGGUUUGAUCUCGACGGGACGUUGAUUGUCACCAAAAGUGGUAACAAGUUUGCCAAAAGUACAGAUGACUGGAAGUGGUUUCAUGCAUCACUUGUGAGGGAGAAACUGGCGGAACUUGCUCGUGAUGGAUACACGUUAAUCAUCUUCUCGAACCAGAAUGGCGUUGCAAAAGGGCACGUUUCUGCGGCUGAAGUGCAGAGAAAAUUAGAAACAAUUAUCAGGCAACUGAAAUUGCCUAUGCUAGCGUUUUUAGGCACGAAGAAUGAUAUUAUGCGUAAACCCAGAUUGGGUGCAUGGAUGGAAAUGAUAAAAUUAUUGAAUGCCAAGGGUGAAAUUAGUGUUGACAAGAAAAUGAGUUUUUAUUGUGGAGACGCAGCAGGGCGCCCGAAAGUAAGUGGACGAGCAAAAGACUUUGCUGCGACGGAUUACAAAUUUGCACUAAACGCUGGUAUUCGCUUUUUUACGCCCGAGGCCUUAUUUUUGGCUUCCAAGCAGCGAAUACACACAAAUCCUGAUACAUGGGAGCUUGGCUUCGACCCAAAAUCAAUCGCCAAGUCUGACUAUCCAGUGUUUAGCCCAAGUUCAGCGCAAGUUGCAAAACGCGAUCAGGAAAUAAUUGUUCUUGUGGGUCCACAAGCUUCAGGAAAAUCAUUUUUUGCAAAGCAGUAUUUGGACACUUACGUCGCUGUAAGCCAAGAUGAACUCCGUUCAGUUGCAAAUUGCAAAACGAAAUGUCUUGAAGCACUUGAAAAAAAGAAUAGCGUGGUCAUUGACAACACGAAUCGAGACCCAUGGACAAGAAAAGAAUGGAUUGCCAUCGCUCAGAAAAAGAAUAUUCCAAUAAGAUGUUUUGUAAUGGACGUUGGCAAACCAAUCUCAAUGCAUCUCAACACGUUUCGAGCACUUAAGAAGCAAAAAAAUAUCCCCCCUGUUGCCAUCCAUGGAUUUUACAAAAAUUUCGUCGCACCGACGGUAGACGAAGGGUUUGCUGAAGUGGUCGAAGUCCAGUUUUGCAUCAAUUGCAACUUUUCCGAAGCGGACCAAACGCUACUCCAAUCCUAUCUUUGA